AUGUCAUCAGAUGAAGACGCCAAUGACUAUUUCGAAUACGAGGAUGAUGGAUUUGAGGAUGACGAAAUGGAUCAAGAGGCACCAGUGAAGAAAGACUACGACGUGGCCUACAAUGUCAAAACCCUUUCCCAAGUCAUUGACAUGCAGAAGAAAGCGAUUGCGAAUAUACAGACCGUUCUAGAGCUCGAUGCCUCAACUGCCGCCAUUCUCCUCCGUCACUUCGGUUGGAACUCCGAAAAGCUCCAAGAGCAAUUUUUCAACGACCCCUCCAAAGCACUCACCGAUGCCGGCCUGUCACCUCCAUCGUCUCCAUCAGCUCACACUUCACCUCUUCUGCCCCCGACCGCUUCCUCUUCGACACCCCCACGAAUCACCCGAUCCUCCAAGCGUGUCGCUACGCCUGCAACGACGCGCUCGCGCUCGGCGGUCUCAAUUCAGACUUCAUUCGAAUGUCCAGUCUGCUGCAUCGAAUAUCCCGCUGCAUCUCUGUCGACAAAGACGCUUGCGCUCGGUUGUGGUCAUCGAUUCUGUAGGGAUUGCUGGGUUGAAUAUGUUGUUGGCAAGAUCAGGACGGAUGGCGAAAGUGCAAAGAUCCAGUGUAUGGAGAACGGCUGUCACAGGAUUGUCAAAGGGUCUUUGAUCGAUCAAUUGGUGGAUCCAGACACGUCGCAGAGAUAUCGAAAACUGCUGAACGAAGCGUUUGUAUCCGAUACAGCGACUUUGAGAUGGUGUCCUCAUCCAGGAUGUGAAAAUGUCAUCGAGUGUAGCCAAGCACCACCAAGGAUGUUGAAUCAGAUCGUACCGACCGUCACGUGUGGCUGCGGUAACGAGCUGUGCUUCGGCUGCGGUUUUGCAGCGAGUCAUCGACCGGUCUUGUGCAAGCUCGUCAAGCUGUGGCAAAAGAAGUGUGCCGAUGAUUCUGAAACAGCCAACUGGCUUCAGGCCAAUACUAAGGAGUGCAUCAAGUGUCAGUCGACAAUCGAGAAGAACGGAGGGUGCAACCACAUGACAUGCAAAAAGUGCAAGUGGGAAUUCUGCUGGGUCUGUAUGGGCCCCUGGUCUGAGCACGGAACAGCUUGGUACCAGUGCAACCGAUACGAUGAGAAGAGUGGCAUGGACGCUCGAGAUUCUCAGGCUAAGAGUAGAGCGAGUCUGGAGAGAUACUUGCACUACUUCAACCGAUGGGCCAACCACGAGCUCUCGGCCAAGCUCGAUGCAGACUUCUACAAGAACACCGAAAAGAAGAUGGAAGCGAUGCAACAGUCUGGAAACCUUUCUUGGAUCGAAGUCCAAUUUGCCAAACAAGCUGUGGACACGGUGAUUCGCGCUCGAAUCACGCUCAAGUGGUCCUACUGCAUGGCGUUUUACUUGAAGCGGAACAACCAGACCGAGCUGUUUGAGGACAAUCAGCGAGAUCUUGAGAGGGCAGUCGAGAACCUCGGGUAUCUUUUGGAGCAGAAUCCUGAACCGGAUUCCAUCUCAAAGCUCCGUGCAGAUAUCACGAAUCAGUCGGCAUAUGUGCAGAAACGGCAUGACAUUCUGAUGGACGAUACUCUGAAAGGAUAUCUCGAGCGUCGUUGGGAGUUUUCGGUUGACAUAUGA